CAGCGUCUGCCAAGUUGGGGUCUCAAUACCUGAGGACCUGCCUGCCCAGCACACCUUGCAACCCGCAGCCCAGCCAAUCAGCGCCACGCCAGAGCUAUGGCCGGAAAGAGGGCACUAGUGGUCCUGGCCCAUUCUGAGAAGACAUCCUUCAACUAUGCCAUGAAGGAGGCGGCUGUGGAGGCUCUGAAGGGGAAGGGCUGGGAGGUGGCUGAAUCGGACCUCUAUGCUAUGAACUUCAACCCCCUCAUCUCCAAGAACGACAUGACAGGUAAACUGAAGGACCCUGAGAACUUCCAGUACCCAGUUGAGUCUGUCCUGGCAUAUAAAGAAGGUAGAUUGAGCCCAGAUAUUGUGGCUGAGCAGAAGAAACUGGAAGCAGCAGACCUUGUGAUUUUCCAGUUCCCACUGCAGUGGUUCGGAGUCCCCGCCAUCCUAAAGGGCUGGUUCGAACGCGUGCUGGUUGCAGAGUUUGCUUACACCUAUGCCGCCAUGUAUGACAAGGGCCCUUUCCGGAAUAAGAAGACGCUGCUUUCCAUCACCACAGGUGGCAGCGGCUCCAUGUACUCUCUCCAGGGUGUCCAUGGGGACAUGAAUGUUAUUCUCUGGCCUAUUCAGAGUGGCAUUCUGCAUUUCUGCGGCUUCCAAGUCUUAGCACCGCAGCUGACAUACAGCAUUGGCCACACACCUGCUGAUGCUCGAAUUCAGAUCCUGGAAGGGUGGAAGAAGCGCCUGGAGACUAUUUGGGAUGAGAAUGCACUCUAUUUUGCUCCAAGCAACCUCUUUGAGCUAAACUUCCAGGCAGGAUUCUUAAUGAAAAAGGAUGUCCAGGAAGAGCAGAAAAACAAGAAAAUUGGCCUUUCUGUGGGUCAUCACUUGGGCAAAUCCAUCCCAACUGAUAACCAGAUCAAAGCCAUCAAAUAAGGUUCAAAUAGUUUGGUUCUUUUUGUAGAAAAAUCCAGGUCUGGUCUUCUUCUUUUUUU